AUCGGAAGUUUCCAUCACCUUCAACAGGGUUUCCUUCCUGCAUAUAUAAGUAGACUUGAAGUUCCACUACAUCUCUCCCAUCUGUCUACACCAACACACAUUCAGACAAUCUCCUUCUCCUUCUUUGUCUUCACCCACCAGCUGAUGAUUCAAGGAGCAUCACUGUGAGGAUCAAAACAUUGUGGAGCACUUUCUUAACUCUUCCGUCACACCAUUUUUAGGCGUCGAGGGGGAGUGAUCAGAGAGAGUUCUUAUAAGAACGGGUGGAACCUUUUCACAUUUUUGCUGCAUCGAUCUUUGGCAGGGUGUUAUGAAAAGGCCACGGUCACCACGAUAUUCCCAGAGGCUUGAUUAUGAGGGUGAUGAAGCUGAGGCUUCUUCACAGCCUUCAUCAUCCUCACCAGGGGUGAAGAACCAUGGGUUCCUGUAUGACGUGUUUCUGAGCUUUAGGGGACCAGACACGCGCAAGACCUUCACCGGUCACCUGCAUCAAGCAUUGAAAGAUAAAGGCAUCAUCACUUUCUUCGACAAUGAGAAAUUGGAGAAGGGGCAGAAGGUGGAGGAGCUAUUUGGGUACAUUCAGAGAUCCAAAAUAUUCGUGCCCAUCUUCUCCAAAGGCUAUGCUGAUUCGGAGUGGUGUUUAAAAGAAAUAACAGAGAUCGUGGAGUGCGGGAGGCUCAUCAUUCCGGUGUUCUUUCAUGUCGAGCCAAGAGAUGUCCGUCGUCAAAUUGGGCCUUUUGAAUCUGCAUUUAAAGGGUACCAUGCGAAAGACUUUGAGCAAGUGAACAAAUGGAGCGAUGCGUUGACAAAAGCAGGGGAAGUAUCGGGGUAUAAUUUGGCUGACACUGAAGGUGACGAGGCAGAGCUCAUCCGGCGCAUAGUGAAGAGACUCUUGACUGAAGUAAACAAGACCCGUUUGUUUGUAACUAAACAUCCAGUAGGACUAGAUUCUCGCGUUGCAGAUGUGAUGGAAGUGCUAGAUAUUGAAUCCCAUGGUGAUGCAAGAAUAGUCGGGAUCUAUGGAAUGGGUGGCCUGGGCAAGACGACUAUUGCUAAGGCUGUUUAUAACCAAAUUUCUUCCGAUUUUGAGGCAUGUAGUUUCCUUUCUAAUAUUAGAGCCGCAGGACUUGUUUCCCUCCAAAAACAGCUGCUUGGUGACAUUUUCCAAGAUAAAGAUGUGGACAUAAACAGCAGCGACGAUGGAAUAGGCAAAAUUCAAGAACGAAUUGGGGCUAAGAAGGUUCUGCUAGUUCUUGAUGAUGUUGAUGAUCAAUCACAACUCGAUGCCCUGGUGAGCAGCCUAGAUUGGUUUCGCUCAGGGUCAAGAAUCAUCAUUACUACCAGAGAUAAGGGGGUUUUGAGAGAACAAAGAGUGAAUUUGUAUGAGCUUGAGAAGCUAGAUGCUGCCCAAUCACUUCAGCUUUUUAGUUGGCAUGCAUUUGGGAAAGAGAAGCCAGAUGCCAAGUUUGCAGAAUUAUCAAAGGAAGUUGUAUCUAUUGCUUCUGGGCUGCCAUUAGCCCUUAAGGUAUUUGGGCCACUUUUCUAUUGUCGCAAAACCGAUGAAGAAUGGGAAAAUAUGUUGGCGAGGUUGAAGGCCGCUCAACAUAAAGGUAUUUAUGAGACGCUAAAGAUAAGUUAUGAUGUGCUUGAGGAAGAAGAAAAAAAGGUAUUUUUGGACAUAGCAUGCUUCUUUGUUGGGCAAGGAAGAGGGCAUCCUGCCUUCAUGUGGAAAGGGGAAGAAAGAGAGCAUGCUGCCUUCAUGUGGAAAGCUUGUGGGGUCUUCCCAGAGACAACAAUCGAAGUCUUAAUGAGCAAAUGUUUGGUAAGUAUAAAUGACCGCAGUGGAGAUUUUGAAAUGCAUGACCAAAUACGUGACAUGGGAAGAAAAAUUGUGAAAGAUGAGAGCCCUAAUUCGAAACCCGAAAUGCGCAGCAGGUUGUGGAAGACUGAUGAAGCAUUAGAUGUAUUGCAAAACAAGACAGGAAUGGAAAAAAUUGAAGCAAUUCAACUCAACUCGGGUAUAUUUGAGGAACGUAUGUAUGUUGAAGCUGAGUCUUUUAUAGCUAUGUCUGAACUUAGAAUGCUCCGGUUGGGGGAAUUUGUACAUUUGAAAGGUGAAUUUCAACAUUUUCCUAAGAAGCUCAGAUGGUUGCAAUGGUGUAUUAAAGGACACUUGGAUUCAUUUCCUGAUGGCCUUCAUCUUGAGAAUAUUGUUGUUCUUGACUUAUCAAACAGCUUGAUAACUCAACUUUGGAAUCCACAAGGAUUGGAAUCGACCAAGGUCUUCGGAAAAAUGAAAGUCUUAAAGCUCACCAGUUGUGGGAAGCUCACCAUCUGUCCAGAUUUUACAAGCAUGCCGCGUCUACAAAAAUUGAAUUUAAAUGGUUGCAGUAAGAUGAGUGAACUCCAUCCAUCUAUUGGGCUUCUCAAGAGCUUGACUCACUUGGAUUUAACUGGCUGUUGGUUGCUAAAGCGAGUGCCUCAAGAGAUUUGGCAAUUGUCCUCACUCGAAGAGCUUGACCUCACAAAUUGCUAUGAAAUUACAACUUUGCCAUCACAAAUGGAGGAUCCUAAGUCAUUGAAGCCGGUGUUACUUGGCAAAUUAAAAGUCUUAAAUUUCACGGGUUGUCAUAAUCUCAUCAUCUGUCCAGAUUUUACUAGCAUGCCACAUCUACAGAAAUUGAAUUUUUUGAGUUGCCAGAAGAUGAGUGAACUUCAUCCAUCUAUUGGGCUUCUCAAGAGCUUGAUUGACUUGAAUUUGCAUUAUUGCCUAUCACUAAAAGAACUGCAUUCAGAAAAUUGGCAAUUGACCUCACUUGAAGAGCUUGACAUCCAAUUUUGCUCUGAAAUUUCAACUUUGCCAUCACAAUUGGGGAAUUGUAAGUCAUUGGCUCGCUUGUCUUUGGAGGGCUGCAAAUCAUUGAUGGAACUUCCUGAAGCAGUCUGUCAGUUGACCUCACUCAAAAAGCUUAUCCUCUUCGAUUGUGAACAAUUAGAAAUCAUUCCAGAUGUCUCAAGUCUAAAGGGAUUACAGAAAUUGGAUCUAAGCUACUGCAACAGGAUUGUCAAUGUUCUUGGCAUUCAGGAACUUGACAAGUUGGAAGAACUGGUACUCAGUCAUUGUGAAAACCUCACCAGGUGUCCACUUUUUUCGAGCAAGAUGACACACUUACGGACAUUGGAUUUUGGAGGUUGUGCUAGGAUGACUGAACUUGAUCCAUCUAUUGGGCAUCUCAAGAGCUUGACUGACCUGAAUUUGUACAACUGCAAAUCACUAAAGGAACUGCCUCAAGAGGUUUCUCAGUUGACCUCACUUGUAAAUCUUAACCUUACUGGUUGCUUCCAGAUUUCAGCUCUGCCUGAAUCCAUGAGACACUUGAAGCAACUGAAGUGGCUGUAUCUAAAGCGGUGUUCCUCGUUGACAGAAAUAUCUGAAUGCAUUUGUUCCUUUCUCAAUCUUGAACUGCUAGAUGCUUCACACUGUCAACAUAUUGCAGUUUUGCCAAACUGGAUUGAAAAGCUUAAGAGCUUGAUUGUGCUUGAUUUGAGUUGGACAGCCAUUGAAGAGCUGCCACAUUGCAUUGUGUCUCUAGAGAACCUUAAGCGCCUAUCAGUUUCUCAUUGCCAUGGGCUCAAGUUCUUGCCUUGGUUCCCACCUUCCCUCACCACACCCGAAGCAAGGGGCUGCGGAAAGCUUGAGGACGUUCCUGGCAUUAAGCAGAUGAAAUUGUUACGAGGAUUGGACCUUAGAGGAUGUAGAAGCCUUGACGACUCAUUCUUGGAAAGACUUCAGAAAGCAAACUUUCAAAAUCUAGGAGAUUUCUCCAUCUCGUCAUAUCCACAGUCCCCCUCUUUCCUUCUUCCCAAGCAGUUCGAGACAGCCAUCUUGUACUUGCAUGUAGAUAAAAGCAGCUUGGACAACAUUUGCUCGGAACUAGACGAAAGUAAUGGCUCGGAACUUGUUCAUAAAAGCAUUCCAAGCGAUGGAGCUAUAGACAGCCAGCCGGUCAGAGUUGUUUUGAAAGAGAUAACGACAGGUGAUGCUAAAUUCCAGUUUUCAGCUUUAAUUGGAAUUCAAUGGCACGGAACUAGUGAAGAGGAGGAAUAUAGGAAGUUGCCCACGGCUACAUUUGGGAGGGAUAGCGAGCUGAUGAAGAUGGCAACAGAAGGAGAAUUUAAGAGAAAUGACGACGCCCGGCAGAGGACGAUGAUGACCAUGCGUGUGUCCAUCGACGGCUGCGUCCUACUCCACGGUGAUUUAUUCACAUAUACGGAACAUUGCGAUCAUUGGUUAUAUCCCGAUCCGAUUGAAGCUGACGAUAAUUUUGUUAUUGUGAAAUUUGGUUGACCAUCUUAAGAGCAAGCCAACAUAACAUAAAGCCCAGAACUGGAAAAGCCAAAGAAUGCGAAUUGGAUCCAAGUGGCUGCCAAAAGCUUGUGGAUCAAUAUUUUUGGCAUUGAGCUGUUGAAGUCUGAUAUACAAAGCACAGGCCCUUGCGUACGUUUAGAGGGGAUGAUAUGACGAUGGGUAUUGGGCUUGUAUGCACAUGCUAUUGCCAUCAUAUACAUACCUUAUUUAUGCUGCUAAAAAAAAAAUAUAUUUAAAUGUGUGUGUUUUGUGGUUAUUC